GCUGUCAGUGAAAGAUUUGGACAAACAAACCAUCGAUUGAAGGUGUUAGACAUGAGUGGUAAUUUCAUGACAUCUUUACCCCACUCGAUAGGAGAGUUGACUCAGUUAGAGACUUUGCAUCUUGGCAGUGUUAUUGAUGAACUGGAAUGUCGGAACUUUCAGAAUGGUAACUGGAUAGCACAACUGCCAAACGCUUUUUGUCAGAUGGUGAAUCUCAAGGAUCUACAUCUUGAUGAGAAUCAAAUGCAAGAACUACCUGAAGACUUUGGAAACUUGGUUAAUUUGGAGUUCCUUGAUCUUGGUCAGAACAUGCUCCAUGAGUUGCCCCACUCAUUUUGUAACCUGCAUUCCCUGAAGAUCUGCCUCCUGUCCAAGAACCACCUUCAGCUACUUCCUCCCAACUUCGGACAGCUCACGUCACUGAUGGAUCUCAGGAUGGACAACAACCUGAUCGCUGAGUUGCCAGAAUCAUUUGAGAAACUUGUGCAGCUGAAGACACUUGAUCUCUUCAACAACUUGUUAACUCAAGUACCGUCCUGUCUCCAACACUUCCACCAGCUUGUCAGACUGGACAUUGAUGAGAACAAGCUUGGUGUGCCCCGUCAUGAGGUUCCGAUUUUGGUGCGACAGUCCAAGUACCCUCUGAGGGAUCCCUCGCUGAAAGACAACUGGAGGGGCAGGCCUCGCCAGGACUUAACUGGCCUUGAAACCUUCAUUAUCCGGGUGCCUGAUGGCGGUCCUCCUACUGGGGAGGAGGAACAUCGUGACGAGGACUCAGAGAAGUACAGUGAACAGCAACUGGAACUAGCUGCACGGAGAAACAUGUCCAUCUGGAGAUCUCAUAAUGGGCCCACGCAGAGGGAAAAGUUUGUCAGGGGAGAGAGAUCUUUCCAGAAUUGGCUUGCACGGAAUAAGACAUUUUCAAAUGAACCAAGUGAUGCAGCUGAGAGUGAAGGUGCUGGGAGCAGCAAGAGGGAUGAUGAUGAUGGUGAUGAUGAUGAUGAUGGUGGUGGUGGUGAUGAUGAUGAUGAUGAUGAGGAGGAGGAGGAGGAAGAAGAAGAAUAUGAUGACGAUGACUGUUUACAUGUCUACUCCAAACAAGACUGGGGGUCGGCCAAUGGGAGCGAGGAAAACGACUGGGAUCUCCCCUCACAACCAACCUCCGAUACUCAGACAGUACCAGGUACGGAGGACGAGACAAGUGGAGAAAGUGAGAACUGGGAUGAAGAAAUAGAGGAUCAAUUCUCCAGCAACACAGAUGCUGCACCUGUGUAUCAACACCCGACGUGGGCAGAAGCUCACCAGCCCACCAAGGACCUUCAAACGCUCUUGUUUGCGUUCGAUCUCCACGUACCAUCGAUCCCUCGCAACAUGGCAACUCUCACCUUCCCAGAAGAACCAGGACAGUAUGAUGAUGCAGAUGAAUGAACCGUAAACUGCUCAAACCGUAAACUGACUACAGCUUGUCACCCAAGAUGAUGUUAUCUCUCCAAAAAUUGUGUAUUGUAUGGAGAACAAACGUUAUGUUGAUUGGGACCAUCAACCUUGUGAUCCUCUGAAGGUCGUGACCUUCACAUUGAUAAUAUAAUGUGAUAAUAUGCUAAACAAAUGCACCAAAGAGAGCUUGGUCGUCGGUACUUCACAGCACUCCAGCUAUUGUAUAGUGUCAGGACAACCAAUGGCGUUUUGUUGAUUGGGUCCAGUUGAUAUUCUGAAGGUCAUGACCUUCACAUUGGCUGUUUGUGAUAAUUUGUUCAGCAAAGUCACCAUUUUGAUCUCUACGAUUUGAGAGUGAAUGCUUCAACCAAUGAGCUCUCAGAUUACAUCUAACAGUGAUAUUUCUUGUGCAACAGCCUUGUGGCCCCCUACUUUAGUUCCUCAUAAUGUAAACUUCAAUUUAAUCUGACAAUUUUGAGUAACUGAAAACUGAUCAGUGGUCAAGGUGACCUUGUGUGUGUAAUUUUUCAAGGGGUCAAUUUCUGUAACUUAGUUGAGGAAUUCAAAUAGAGCAUUUCAGAACAGUUUUGAAACAUUUUAUGUAUAAGAGACAAAUAGUUGUGUACAUUGUGAUUCUAUUUGGGAAUCCAUCAAGGAAUGCAGAUCAUGGCAUCAGUACAAAGUAUUAUACACUUCAGUAACCUAGUAUGUUAACAUCGGGUUUGUGGUUGAAUUAUGUAUCCACUUUAUGUAUCCGACUGCUGAAUCAGAAGUCUGGUGUUUGCAUAUGUCGAGAGGUCACCAACUGCUGAAUCAGAAGUCCGGUGU